GAUUGGGAGUUUCCACAUUUUAUGGGUGAUGUUGAAGUGAAUCUUCCAGGCUUGCCCUCUGCACAUAUGCAGUUCAAAAUCCCUUAUUUCCAAAAGAUAUUGAAAGAGGAAUAUCACAUACAUAUAACAGGCAAAUGGUUUAACUAUGGAAUUAUCUUCCUUGUUUUAAUCUUGGAUCUGAAUAUGUGGAAGAACCAAAUAUUUUACAAGCCUCAUGAAUAUGGUCAAUAUAUCGGUCCUGGCCAGAAGAUUUACACAGUGAAGGACUCAGAAAGCUUGAAAGACCUUAAUAGAACUAAGUUAUCUUGGGAGUGGAGAUCCAAUAACACUAACCCGUUGACAAACCGGACCUAUGCUGAAGGAGACAUGUUCUUGCACAGCAGAUUCACAGGCUCUAGCCUUGAUGUCAAAUGCCUGGCUUUUAUUCCAAGUUUGCUGGCUUUUGCUUUGUUUGGUUUCUUCAUCUGGUUCUUUGGGCGAUUUCAGAAAACUGACCAAGGCAUGGAGAAUUUAGACAAAUCGUACACAAGAAUGAAACGAAAGUCACCGUCAGAUAUGGGAAUGACACGCGAAAAUACACAGGUGUUAGAAGAACCAUUAAGUUUUCAAGAGCCACAUCUGGUAUCCAUAAAAUCAGACUUAAGUGAAAUAGUUUUUAAUUCUUCCCUCCUAACUUCUGAAAACUUGAACGCACAACUGAAUGAACAAGAUAGCCCUUUACAGCCAGUCCCAGAGUCCUCUGUCCCUAACAGUAAUCCUGUGACAUAG